UAUUUAAAUAAACCCCAACUCUGUUCAUUUCGCCCAAAUUCAAUCCAUUUAUCCUUUGUCCAAUUUCUUUCAAAUUCAAUUGACCAUGUCUCAGACUGUUGUUCUUAAGGUUGGUAUGUCAUGUGGAGGCUGUGUCGGGGCCGUGAAGAGGGUUCUUGGCAAAAUGGAAGGGGUGGAGACUUUUGACAUUGAUCUGGAGCAACAAAAAGUGACUGUGAAGGGUAACGUACAGCCGGAUGCAGUUCUGCAGACUGUUUCCAAGACUGGGAAGAAAACCGAGUUUUGGCCUGCUGAAGCAGCAGCAACUUCUGUUGCUUAAAUUUUCGAAAACUAAUGGUUUGUGGAACUGGGUAUUAAAUCUAUGGUUUUUGGUCUUCUGUAAAGCUUAAAACUAUCUUGUGACUGUAACAUUUGGUAGUUUGCAGUUGAAUAAAUGCAGAACAUAAUUGUUGUGUUGUGUUGUGA